AUGGAAUAUGGUGUAUAUCUUCAGCAUACUUCUGAAGGCAGUGUGAUUCUAGUGUGUCUUUAUAUGGAUGGCAUACUUUUGAUAGGGAGUUGUACUUCUGAGGUAAACAAGUUCAAGAAGGUGAUGAUGAAUGCUUUUGAUAUGACUGACCUUGGAAAUAUAGUAUAUUAUCUAGGGAUGAAGAUUUUGCAUUCUGAGAAGGGAAUUGUUGUGCACCAACUAAAGUAUGAAUUUGAGUUGCUGAAGAGAUUUGAGCUAAUUAUUUGUAAGUCAACAGUCACACCUGCUGAGAUAACUCACAAGCUGGACUAUGAUGAUGAUGGUGAGGAUGUAGAUGUUAUAAACUUCGAACAUUUUGUUGGCUGUCUGAGAUAUCUCUAUAGCACCAGGCCUGACAUAUGUUAUACAUUUGGAAUGAUGAGUAGGUUUAUGAGUAAGCCAAAUUGGUCACAUUACCAAGCUCUAAUCAGGAUUAUGAAGCAUGUAAAAGGGACUCUGAGGUAUGGAAUUUUGUUUCCGUAUGGAGUGUCAUAUACUGCUGAGUUGAUAUGCUACUCAGACUCUGGUUGGUGUGGGGACAGUGGACAGAAGAAGCACUGCAUGAUACUGUUGGUGUAA